AUGGCCUCGCUUGCGGGCAGAGGCCGUGCAAAGAUUCGCGCACCGCGACGGGGACUCCAAGCCGAUGUCGAUUUCGAAACCACAUGGUCCACACUAGAGCGCGCAUUCAACGAGAUCCACACAAAGAACGCCUCUGCGCUGUCAUUCGAGGAGCUGUACCGCAAUGCAUACAAGAUUGUGCUGAAGAAGAAGGGUGAUGAGCUGUACAAUAAGGUGGUGGAAUUUGAGCAGACAUGGCUCGGCCAGACUGUCCGGCCGCGCAUCGUUCACCAACUGCCGCCUUCGCUGCUUCUGACAGACGGCUCUUCGAAAACACUUGCAACAGAAUCAGAACGUCGGGUAGCAGGUGAGAGCUUUCUACGGGCAUUGAAGCAGGCAUGGGAGGAGCAUCAAGUGUGCAUGGGUAUGCUCACGGACGUGCUAAUGUACAUGGAUCGCGUGUAUUGUACCGACCAUCGUAAACCCUCCAUAUACGCCAAAUCAAUGGGCCUGUUUCGCGACCAGAUCCUCCAAUACCCCGUACGACCGAACCUCCCAAGCCUACUUGAUAUCCUCACGAGCACGAUCCUCGAUCAGAUUCAGAUGGACCGCGAUGGCGACAGCAUCGACAAAUACCUCAUCAAAUCAAAUGUGUACCUGCUGGAAGGUCUGUACGAAACGGACAACGAAGUCGAAGAAGCAAAGCUGUACUUGCGGGCAUUCGAGGAGCGAUUCCUUAAUGACAGCGCAGUUUUCUACCGGGAGGAAGGCGAGCGGUUAUUGAAAGAGUCAGACGCCGGAACAUAUUGCAAGCAUGCGAAGAGACGGAUCGAUGAAGAGGUUGAUCGGUGUAGGACGACAUUAUCAGAAACCACUUCUCCGCGGAUACAAAAGUUGGUGGAGGAUGAGCUGAUCAGACACAAGAUGAAGGGAUUGAUCGAAAUGGACAGCGGGGUGCAAUACAUGGUCGACAACGAUAAGUUUAACGAACUUCAUCUGGUGUACGACCUGGAAGCCCGCGUGGAUCCGCGCAAGCCGGAGCUCACCAAAGCCAUUCAAAAGAUCAUCGCAGAUAUGGGUGGGAAGAUCAACAAUGCGGCAGUCGCAGCUGCACAAGCUCCGCCUCCUGCGCCAGCAUCAAAUACAGCGCCGGCAGUUCCAGGCGGUGCAAAACAGAUCAACCAGCAAACAGCGGCUGCACUACAGUGGGUGGAGGAUAUCCUGGAGCUGAAAGACCGAUUUGACAGGAUUGAGAGGACAUCGUUCAACAACGAUCAAGCCAUCUCGACCGCACUCACCCGUAGCAUGGGUGAGAACAUCAACAAUUUCAACCGAGGUAGCGAGUACAUUUCACUCUUCAUCGACGAUAACAUGAAGAAGGGCAUCAAAGACAAGACCGAUGUUGAAGUGGAGCAAAUUCUGGAGAAGGCCAUCAUUCUCCUGCGAUAUCUCCAAGACAAGGACAUGUUUGAGACCUACUACAAGAAGCAUCUCUGCAAGCGCCUACUGCUCAACAAGAGUCAGAGUCCAGAAGUUGAAAAGCAGAUGAUCAGCAGGAUGAAGAUGGAGCUCGGCAACAGUUUCACGCUCAAGCUCGAGGCCAUGUUCAAGGAUAUGAACCUGAGUGUCGAUCUGACCAACGACUACCGCAAGCAAGUGGCCAAGUUGGGAGACGUGGACCGCUCGCGCGUCGAUCUCAACGUUAACAUUCUCACAUCAAUGACCUGGCCGCUGGAAGCAUUCCGUGGUGGAUCCGAAGAAGAGAACGAAUCCAAAGCACAAAUCAUCUACGCUCCCGCACUCGACCGCGUUCGCGUUGGCUUCGAGCGAUUCUACACUGACAAGCACUCCGGCCGCAAACUCACAUGGCAGAGCAACAUGGGUACCGUCGACAUGCGCGCCAUCUUCCCGAAGUCCAAACGCGAGAAUGGUGCUCUUCGCACGCACGAAGUCAACUGCUCCACAUACGCCUGUUUAAUCCUGCUCCUCUUCAACGACAAUGCCUCGACCGACUCGACCACGACUCUCACCCUCGAAGAAAUCCAAGCCGCGACCAACAUCCCCAUGUCUGCACUCACCCGCAACCUCCAAUCCCUCGCCGUCGCGCCCAAAACUCGACUCCUCACCAAAGAGCCCAUGUCCCGUGAGGUCAAACCCGGCGAUCGCUUCAGCUUCAACUCCUCGUUCGUCCCCAAGGCGAUCAAAAUCACCGUCAACGUCGUCUCUGCAGGCAACAAAGUUGAAGGCGACACCGAACGCAAGGAAACCGAGAAGCGGAACAACGACUCCCGAGCUUUCGCGGUGGAAGCGGCAGUCGUGAGAAUCAUGAAGAUGAGGAAGACAUUGAGUCACGCCGAGUUGCUGAAUGAGACGAUUGGAGCGUUGAACUCGCAGUUCAAACCGGAUGUGGGCAUGAUCAAGAAGAGGAUCGAGAGUCUGAUUGAGAGGGAGUACCUUGCCAGAAUAGAGGAGGCGCCGGUGCCGAGUUAUCGGUAUUUGGCGUAG